AAUAGGAUAUGAAAAGGGGCUUUUGCUAAGAGACCGUGAGGUGCAAGGUCGAAUAUGAGAGAUUGGUUGAACGGGGCACUUUGCGUGGUAAUAGCUGGUCGGCAAUAGUACUAUGAUUUGGUAUGUGGCCACUCUGAUAGCAAGUGUAUUCAGCACCAGAGGAACGGCCGCUCAAGGUGCCCACGGAGUGAGAGAGGAGCCCCGGUUUGUGACGGCGCGCGCCGGAGAGAGCGUGAUCCUGGGGUGUGACGUGUCCCCUCCCCUGGACGGCCAGCAGCCCCCCUAUGUGGUGGAGUGGUUCAAGUUUGGAGUGCCUAUCCCCUUCUUCAUCAACUUCCGCUUCUACCCUCCUCAUGUGGAUCCAGAGUACACUGGUAGAGCCUCUCUGCACGGGAAGGCCUCCCUACAGAUUGACCCAGUGCGCUCUGAGGACCAGGGCUGGUACGAGUGCAGGGUCCUGAUGCUGGAGCAACAGUACGACACCUUCCACAACGGCAGCUGGGUGCACCUCACAGUCAACGCCCCACCUUCAUUUACAGCGACGCCGCCGCAGUAUGUGGAGGCGAAGGAAGGGGGAAGCACUCUGCUUAGCUGCUCUGCCCAGGGAAAUCCAAAACCAAUGAUCAGCUGGCUGAGGGAGGGGGAGGAGCUCGCCACCAACGCAAAAUAUUCGGUGCAUGAUGGCAGUCUGACCAUCCUUGGCAUCACCAGAGAUGACAGAGGGGCGUACACCUGCCGAGCCUACAGUGACCAGGGAGAGGUGCUCCACACUACCCGUCUGCUGGUUCAAGGGCCUCCAUACAUCGUCUCUCCACCAGAAAACGUCACUGUAAACAUAUCCCAGAAUGCACUCUUCACCUGCCAAGCGGAGGCAUAUCCCGGAAACCUGACCUACACCUGGUUCUGGGAGGAGGACAACGUCUACUUCAAGAAUGAUCUGAAGCUCCGAGUGCGCAUUCUCAUCGACGGCACCCUUAUCAUCUUCCGGGUCAAGCCGGAGGAUGCUGGGAAAUACACCUGCAGUCCGAGCAACAGCCUCGGUAUCUCGCCCUCGGCAUCAGCCUACCUGACUGUUCAGUACCCUGCCCGAGUGAUCAACAUGCCACCUGUCAUCUACGUCCCACGGAAACUGCCAGGCAUCAUCCGCUGCCCGGUGGACGCCAACCCACCUGUGACAUCAGUGAAGUGGGAGAAAGACGGAUAUCCUCUUAGAGUGGAGAAGUACCCCGGUUGGAGCAUGAUGCCAGAUGGAAGUAUCCGGGUGGCGGAGGCCACAGAAGACUCCCUGGGCACCUACACCUGUGUGCCUUACAACGCCCUGGGUACCAUGGGCAUGUCCCCCCCUGCCACUUUGGUGCUAAAGGAUCCCCCUUACUUUAAUGUGAGGCCUGGGGGGGAGUACCGUCAGGAGGCUGGGAGAGAACUAGUUAUCCCCUGUGCUGCUUCUGGAGACCCUGAUAUACCAUCCAUCACCUGGAGAAAGGUGGGGAAGCCAAGCAAGAGUAAGCACAACAUCCUACCCAGUGGCAGCCUACAGUUUCUGUCUCUCAGCAAGGAGGACCACGGAGAAUGGGAGUGUGUAGCCACCAAUGUGGUCACAAGCAUCACUGCCAGCACGCGUAUCCUAGUCAUCGGCACCAGCCCACACGCUCCUGGCAAUAUCCAUGUAUUGCCCUCAACAACCUCUGCUAAUGUGUCCUGGGAACCAGGAUAUGACGGCGGCUUCGAACAGACGUUCUCUGUGUGGUACGGUCCAGUGUCAAAGAGAACAGACUUCGGUCCUCAUGACUGGCAUUCGAUGCCAGUUUCUGGUGCUCAGACCUGGUUGGUGGUGCCAGGGCUGGAGCCUGGGACAGAGUACCAGUUCAGUGUGUUGGCUCAGAACAAACUGGGCACGGGUCCAUUCAGCGAAGUUGUGACAGUCAACACUGCAGGCUCUCCUCUGGGUACCCCAGAACCACUGGUGCUUCUUACUCCACCACGGUGCCUCACAGCCAACCGCACGCAGCACGGUGUCCUCCUCACAUGGCUCCCUCCAGCCAACCACUCCUCACCCAUCGACCGAUAUAUCAUGGAGUUCCGCCUCGGGGAGAGGUGGGAGGUUCUGGAUGACCUGAUCCCGUCCACGGAGACUGAGCUCAUAGCGAGAGACCUCGUUCAGGAGUCCUGGUACGAGUUUCGAGUGAUGGCCGUCAUGGAUGACCUGAUCAGUGAGAGCAGCAACGUAGUGGGAGUGUCGAGUACAGAUCCUUUCCCCCCUGCGGAGUUGCCUGAUGAGGGGCUGGCGCGGCCGGUGGUGGCGGGUGUUGUGGCGACUAUCUGUUUUCUGGCGGCGGCAGUACUGUUCAGCACUCUAGCAGCUUGCUUUGUCAAUAAGCAACAUCGUCGCAAACUCAAGCGUAAACCAGAUCCUCCCUUGUCGGUGACACACUUCAGGAAAAGCAUUGAGUCACCGUUAUCAUCGGGAAAGAUAAGUCCAGAGAGCUCUCCUCCAUCUCGGCCCCGCUCUCUUUCUUCAGAGGGUUCCCACGGUCCCGGCCUGUACGUCAGGAAGCUGCCCAGCCCUCUGAGAGAACGAGAAAAAGAGCUCUCCUUCUACAAGAAAACCAAGCGUGCCAUAGCCAGCAAGAAAUACAGUGUGUCCAAGUAUGAGGCAGAGGUCACCACGCCUAUUGAGCUGAUAAGCCGCGGCCCCGACGGCCGCUUCGUCAUGGAGAGCCCACCGCCCCGCCGCAUCCAGGGCUUCCCCUUCGCAGAGGAGUCUGACAUGUACCCUGAGUUCCGGCAGUCUGAUGAGGAGAAUGAUUUUGACCCCGGGCCUCUGCCGCCCAUCAUGCCCACGCUGCGGCCCCAGCUCUCCCCAACGUCCUCCAGCCUGGAGUCAACGCAACCCCCCACCUACAGCCCCCGCCUACACAGGGCCAUGGAAGGUAUGAGCUUUGCAGAGGGCAGUGCACUUCACGCCUCAGGGCAGGCCCCGGCCUCCCGCUACAGGGGCUUUCCCCAGGGCCCAUUCUAUGGGUAUCUAGGCAGCCGCAUUGAAUCAGGGAUUCCACCACCAUUCUACAUGCCUGACAUCAGCCCGCGUAGCUCUGCUCUGUCCUCCCCCCCAGGCACGGCCGAGGGGCCCUUUGGUUACCCCUCCAUCCCCGAGGAGAGUGGAGAGAUGGAGCACCAUCAGUACACUGCCUCUGGCCAUUCUCUGUCUCACACACACAGCCCUCCUCCUCGCUCUCCUGAAAGCUGGCAGCCUCAUGAGUUACCCUUCCUGGGUCUAGAGGGUCCACGGUUCAUAUACCCACCUCACCAUCCCUUACAUCAUCCCCAGGACCUCCCUGAUCCACCCCCAUACCCUCCUCACUCUCUCCCCCCCAGUCGCCUGCACCUCCCUCCCCUAAAGGAUCCAACAAGCCCUGGACUCCUGCAGCUGGAGGUCCCUGUGGCUCCCCCAGGCAGAGACAGGCCCCUGGGGCCUCCGGUUAGGCGUUUAGCUAUGCAACAGGCCCAGAGUCUCGGCCAGCUCAGACACACGGCCCACGGUGUGGGUGUACCAGUGUUGCCUUACCCUGACCCGGCAGCCCGCGCAGGGAGCCCAAGCACAGCCCCCAGUAGUAGCCCUCAGUCCUGGCUCAGCCCGAGGGCGGGGCGCCGGGCAGACCCCAGCCUACCCCCGCUAGUACUCCAGCCCUCCCGCCUCUCUCCGCUCUCCCAAAGCCCCCUUAGCACCCAGCCGGGUUCCCCGGAUAUUUUAGUGCGGCCCCCUCCGCGCCCCAGCAUCCUCCGCACCUCUCGGUCUCUGGAGAUGCCUGAAAUCACCCUGCAGCCCUCGGCCACUGUCAGUUUCUCCCGAAGGUCCUCCCUGACCGCCUCACCCACUCAGAGCCAGGGCGCCAGGCAACCCAGCCCCAGUUACCACGCCCACAUGUCCUAUGCCUCCACUGCAGCCAGUUACCCCUCCCAGUCCCCCUCUCCCCCUCUGGAGGGCAGGGAUGUUUUCGGGCAGAGGCCAUCCCAGAGAAGGACAGAGGAGGAGAUGCUACCCUCAGAGCCCUCUCAGCUCCAGAUAUCAGCCUCAGGGGAACCUCUAGGUGCGUCUAGUGAUCCUGCCGGGUCUGAGAGCUUACCAGCACUGCUACACCAUUGUAUUACUAAAGCCAAGGGAGUGGCUGCCAACAACAAUAACAACACAACCUCCGGAAGUAAAACAGGUAUGUGUCCCUCUCAGACCCAGCAGCAAUCUCAGACACCCCAAGAGGGAGAGGAUCUCCACAGAAAGAGGAAAAGGCAAAACAAGAAGAACCCCUAUCUCUAUUUGACCUCCUUCCUGCGCCGCAGGCAGUCUGAGGAGGACCAGACAGGCAUACUGGCCAGUGCAGACUCCGAGGGCCCAAAUUAUGGGACUCUUCGCUGACCUGUGUGCCCAACAAGCCAUUGGACUCGACUAGACUGACCUCCCCUAAAAAAAGGAAAACCACCUCAGCCCUCCCUGCUCCACCUCUCUCCGGUCUUUAGCUAAUACAUUUCUUAUCAUCUCUAAAAGUUCAUCAGUGUUUCGGGGAGCGGGAAACAUCCAGCUGAAUACUCCGGGGGUUGGGAAUCUUAUUUGAAGACAAGAACAAUGGCUUUUCUGAGUUGUCACCACUAAUUUCACUUGAAAAUGCUCUGAAAAUAUAUAAUGUAUAUAAAUAGUAAAAACAAGGGAAUUAAGCUUCCUCCUACAGUAAUAAAAAUGUGUUGGUUGAGUAUGUCACAACACGUUUAAAGAUUUUUCACUCACUGGUCAUUGAGGGGUCCAUAUCUUUAGGUUUUUCAGUGAUACAGUGUACUGUGAAGCCUGGUGCGUCCUCGGACAUGGACAUGAGUCUACCUUUCCUACAAUACAAAUAGUGUCAGUAUUCAAACACAGGGUUCUUACCGCAAAAUAUACCUCAGAGUAAACGCAGAGUUGCUGUAAUUCUUGUGGUAUACUGUACGUACUUGACCUUUUUACAUAUGAAAAGUAUGGAUAAAAAGGUUUAUUUCACACUCCGCACUCAUUCAAACGGAUAAUAUGGCCUAACUUUAUCUUAUUUAGAAGCUUUUUACUAUCAGCUGGCAUCUUGUGUUUAUUUUCAUUUUACAAUCCAAUGCCAACCAUUAGAGGACUGUCUUAAUCGUAGUGCGUGAUGGCUCAGUGUGUUUACACUCUUCAUUAUGGCACCGUGUUAAGAUAAACAUCAUAGCCUUCAUGAGAACUCUCAAAAUAAUUUGGGUGCUCCACAGAGGUUGGACUCGUAGGCUUAGAAGAACAGGGUGAUGAAUUGUGAAGUGUACUGUAGUAUGUAUUUCAUUAUUAAGGAAUCAUUUGUGAAACGUGGCACGUGUCCAGGUGCCUUUUUUUGCCUUUUCUCUCUUGUUUUUUCUAACAUAAACUGCCUUUUUCUUCGCCUUCUCACAUUUGUAUCUACUACGGGGAAGGGGAGGAGUGAGGGGCUCUGAUAUUAUGUGUGUUUUUACUUUCUCUGCCAAGGACACAUGAGAGAAAAUGCUUCGGAGGAUGCAUUUUUUUUAUUUCUUUUUAUUUACAUUUAUGUUUUAAAUGGGUACCUGCUUCAACUGUGUAUAUCCAAGUAAUAGGACAGAACCACAAUACCCAUAAAAAAAAGUUUAGAUUAAAAAAAAGGCAAAUAAAUCCAAUAACUUGAGUGGAAAAGUACAAAUGCAUGAGCUUUCAUGCGGAAAGAACAAACCAGUAGAGUAAGGAUGUUAAUGUUUAACGACAGCUGUUAGAGGAGAAUGUGAUUGCUUCAUAAAGCUGUUAACAAGCAAUGAGAUAAUAUUCAAACAAUGGCCACCCUGACUGUUUAUCUUAACAACUGUAUAUUACUUACUUGCUAGCUACUUCUCUGUAUGUUUGUUAAUUUUUCGACACUAACCGAUAAUGAAUGUAUGUUUUGCUGUACAGGAAAUGAAUGUCCCGAUGUCACAGUACAUUGAAUGACCCAUUACGUUGUUGACAGUGCAGCUGCGAUUGGUGACCAGUUGGAACAUUAAGUCCAAAUUGUUUAACUUCUCUGUAUGCGGUAAUAACUAACAGGCCCCCCACACAGGCUCUGAGCCGAGCUCCCUUUCUUCUGACGGCUACAAAAACAACUUCCUUUUUCCUGCUAAUGCUACUUCAAUCACUGAAAGACAUAUCAGAUAUAUUUCCAUCUGCUACAAACAAAUCAGAGGUUUUCCGGCAAAUGUCCACGUGAAUGAAUCGACUCAAUGUCUGCUUAUUGAAAUCUCUUUUGACAAGUGAGAGAGUGAUAUGAUUGCCUGAAAGUGAAAGUGCAUAUUCUACUUUAAACAAAUUGGUUUCAUGUAAGAUACAAGUAAAAAAGAAAAAAAAAAGAAAAGAAAAAACAAAUCUAUAUUUGUUAUGUACUGUACAUGGUAUGUAUUGUAUUUGUAAAGAUAAAUCAAACCAUGUUUUACAGGAAGACGUUCUUGUAUGAGGAUAUAUGAAAAGACGGGAAAGGAUCCCAAGCUAAAAGAAAUUAGAUUAUAUAUAAAAGUAUUUGCUUACAGUACGGCUUUAAGUGGAUAAUGUUUCUAAAACAUUUUAAGGUGCCUCAUUUGUCAUACUUUAGCAGACAUUAUUUUAUCUGAGAAGAAAAGAAACCUUAAUGUUAGUACCGUACAAUGUAUUAUUGCCAUAGCCCGCUGGCUGCACAAGUUAAGUAGUAUUUUCUCUGAUGUAUAGUACGUGAAUGCCCAUUGGAAAAAGCUUUAGAAGCAGAAGUGUGUUGCCCUCUAUAAUAAUAAUAAUAAUAAUAAUACUCCUGGAACAAAGUAAUACUGUAUUUCGCCCGUUCAUGAGCACACAUGUAGAUUCACUCCAGAUCUGUCGCCUUCAGGUGUCCAAAGCAAAUAAACUGAAGGAAACUUUUUUCUAAGAGUCACAGACAUGCUCUAGUCAUGUACAAUAUGUGCUGUGGAGGAAAUUGUGUUUACAUUAGUUUGAUAAAGAAAAAGUGUGUUAGGGCAUAGUUGCUUUGAACAUUACGACUUGGUGCUAUGUUUAACUUUGUGGUGCUGUAGAAUAGA